GCUGGCUUCUCGAGAUUAGAGACAACUCGCCUACAAUGUCAAACCAGGGCUAUGAUGUGGUAGUGGAUGUCGACGCAGAUGGUGACGACCUUGGACAUACCGACCUUCAAGAAGAUCUUGAAUUUCACCCGUCAAACUUCGAGAAUGACCAACGCAAUGCCAAAUCCCACCCAGACAACGGCGCCUUCAUAGGCACUGGCGGAGGAAGCUCCUCUCGCCGCAACAGAUCCCCAGGAGGCACGCCGACCAAACACGCCUGGUGGUCCAUCCACUACUACGAGCAAUACUUUGAUGUCGACACAAACGAAGUUCUCCGCCGCUGCGUCGCCUCCGUCUACCCUCGUAACAACUUUCUUGACGUUCUCGAAGGCAACGCGGACCUCUACGGCCCCUUCUGGAUUGCGACAACUGUCAUCGUCAUACUUUUCCUAACAGGCACUAUCUCGCAAUGGCUCUCAAACAACGACAAAACCCACUUCAAGUACGACUUUACCUUGCUUUCUGGUGCCGCCGGUCUCGUUUACGGGUAUACAUUCGUCCUGCCCAUCGCUCUCUGGGGUGCGCUGAAGUGGUUCGGGAGCUCGACCGCUGACCUUGUUGAGUGCUGGGCGCUUUAUGGUUACUCGAAUUUGAUCUGGAUUGCGGUCGCUCUUGUUAGUUGGAGUCCGUUGACGGCCUUGAACUGGGCGCUUGUCGGAGUCGGGUUUGGAUGGACUGUCUUCUUCCUGCUAAGGAACUUGUAUCCUGUGCUCAGCGCGACAGAUGCGAAGGCUAGCCGGGCGCUGUUGGUGCUUGUUAUCCUGCUGCACGCUGGGUUUGCAAUUGCGAUUAAGAUCUUGUUCUUUGCGCAUGGAAGCCCCGUUUCCAAGAAGGGUGAUGACAAGGACCAUGAUGAUGACGAUGGGGAUGAUCAUGACGACCACGACGACAAGAGGCUCAUGUUUUAAGUGUAAAAUCGAGGUUUGUCGUUCAGGUUGUUUGGUCUGCUCAGUUGGUGUUGUUGACUCGCUCAGGCAGCAUUUGGUCACGGAAUUUAUAUUCGGUUGAAGUUGUCUCUUUAGUAUUAUCCUUUUUUUGACUAUUUCGCCGUGUAUACCUCACCUGUAUUGUACGUUUUAUCCUUACCUUAUCUAUCUACACGAAGACUAGGGUAGAAAUCAUGUCGAGGAGGAACUGAAUUUUACAAUUGUUUGAUUGACUGCAACUGGUUCCGAGAGUAGCCAUGUAAAAUAUAUUGACUCCAGCUCUUC